AUGCAUCCUGAAGAGACUCGCCAAAAGAUCCGGCGCCAUGGUCUCAUUUACCAAGCAGCGCCUUGCGGUGGCAGACUUCGUCCUGCGCUACAAGCUCGUCCCAAAGCCCACCGCGCCGCUGCCAUCAUCUCGAACUUCCUCAUCGCGGACAUUUCCCUGUCUCGUGCCUGUCAAUUGAGCCGCGUCGGAUCGUUGGCGUUGCUGAAUCUUGUGUGGUCAAGAAGCUCUCAAGACGCCAACACUACCACCUGGAGCCUCGCAAAGCUUCUGCAGACGCAGCCUCUUUACUUCCGAUGGGAGUUCUCCACAUCAAUGGUACAGGCUGCACGUCGCGACGACUUGAGUAUGCUCCAUUGGCUCCUGGCCCACUUCCCAAAGUGCCCAAUAAACCAAGAUGUGAUCGAGGAAGCUGCUCGAGGGGGACACCUCGGUAUACUGCAGCUUUUGGGCUCUGAUCGAUCUCGCGGGGCUAUUCCUUGGAGUGAAUCCAGCGUGAUGGAGGCUGCCAGGGGGCACCAUUGGGGCCUAGCUCACUGGCUAACGCGCCGUGGACGGCGCCCAGAAGUGCGAUGCACCUCUGUGGCUAUGGAUCUUGCCGCAGCUAAUGGGCACUUGAGUGUCGUGAAAUGGCUACACACCUAUCGAACUGAAGGAUGCACAGUACUGGCAAUGAACUAUGCCGCUUCAAACGGGCAUCUAGAGCUUGCGGUUGUGCAGUGGUUGAGUACCCAUACUGCAGCAAAAUGCUCGUCGAUUGCCAUGGAUGGAGCCGCAGCCAAGGGCGACUUGGACAUGUUACAAUGGCUACACUCGCAUACAACGAGCGGAUGCACACACAGUGCAAUGGAUGUAGCCGCCAGCGUCGGCCACUUGGAUGUUGUCAAGUGGCUCCAUACGAAUCGCUGGGAAGGGUGCACUACAAAUGCCAUGGACGACGCUGCUGUUAAUGGCCAUUUCGCUGUGCUUACGUGGCUCUAUGCGAAUCGUUCGGAGGGGUGCACGGCUACAGCGAUGGAUAAAGCUGCAGCGAAUGGACGCUUGCGCGUGGUCAAGUGGCUAGUACGCCAUUCUGGGAGUCAACGCGGUCAAAUCCCUCGUUGCACUGCUGCGGCCACGGAUGCUGCUGCUGCGAACGGGCAUCUGGAUGCUGUGAAGUGGCUACACGCGCACCGAACUGAGGGCUGUACCUCAGCAGCGAUGGAUCGCGCGGCAGCGAACGGACAUCUAGAGGUGGUCAAGUGGCUGCACCACAACCGAUACGAAGGCUGCACCACUGCUGCGAUCGAUGUGGCAGCGAAAUCAUUUUGCGAGCGACAACUAGCCGUUGUCCAGUGGCUGGCUACGAAUCGCUCGGAAGGAUGGACUACUGCCGCCAUGGAUGGCGCCGCGGCGAACGGCAACUUACCACUGCUGCGUUGGCUGCACAAGAAUACGGAGGCGACUUGCACGAAGGACGCGAUGGAUUCAGCCGCACGCUUGGGGCGACUGGAUAUUGCCAAGUGGCUGCAUGAGCACCGCUCGGAGGGCUGCUCGACCUGGGCUGCGGUGGAUGGGGCAGCAGGCAAUGACCACUUGCGCGUGGUGCAAUGGCUGCAUGAACGCGGCGCUCCGAAUUUUAAGGCGGCUUUAGCAGCGAUGAUGGACUGCCACUAUGAGGUGUUGUUCUUCUUGAAUGCACAAAAGGACUCUGAUGAAGACGCUGACUGUGGUGGAAGGGAGGACUUUGAAGAUGAACAAAAGGACAGCAGCGAUGAAGACGAGGAUUAG